AUGCGUCGCGGAUACCCGUGCUCUUUGUUUUUAAUUUGGCUAGUAAAGCUUACAACCGCAAUUCCAACUUCAUUUGGAAGCCCAUUUCGGCACCAAAAUAACAACGCUCCCGAUGUACAUGUAAAAUGGAUGGCCGCACCCAUAAACCCCUCUGAUCUUAACCAGAUCGAAGGGGCUUAUCCAAUCCGUCCAGAUUCUUUUCCAGCCGUUGCUGGAAACGAAGGCGUUGGAAGAAUCGUCGAGGUUUUGACCUCUGGAACCUCCCUUUGCAAAGGCGAUUGGGUGAUCCCAGUUUCUCCCGGCACCUGGAGGGAAGAAUCUUUCGUUUGCUCAAACGACCUUAUAAAAGUGGACAACACGCUUCCCUUGGCAAUGGCAUCGAUGCUCCACGUGAAUCCAUGCACUGCAUACAGGCUUUUAGACGAUUUUUCGAUCAUGAAGCCAGGUAUCAGUGACUAUGAACAACCAGAUCCUAAACAUAGGCUCUCUAUUAAUCCAAAAUGGAGCAAACUCUGCCGUCGGCCAAUCGGUGAUUCAAAUUGCUAA